AUGGAUAUCCCUCAACCACCAACCAUAAAGCAGAAACGGUCACAAGGCGUGUCAACAGGCAGUCGUCCGCAAAGACCACACCUCCAAACCGCGAACUCGUCAAGUGUAUUCUUGAUUCUCCAUCCCCUCAACAAUACCUUCCAGAAGAAGACACUUCCACUCCCACCACAUCCACAAACCCUCCGCAUCGGUCGGCAAACAUCCUCCAAAACAGUACCGUCCGAAUCAAACCCUUUCUUCGACUCAAAAGUCCUCUCGCGGUCUCAUGCAGAGAUCUUCACCUCCCAAACCACACCUUUCCGCGUAUUCAUCCGCGACGUACGCUCUUCGAACGGGACAUUCGUUAACGGCGUUCGACUUAGUAAAGAAGGCGAGGAAAGUGAGCCGGUGGAGUUACGCGAGGGCGAUGUCCUCGAACUCGGGAUUGAUAUCUUGGGUGAUGAAGGUGGACGGGAACGUGUUGUGCAUCAGAAAGUUGCGGCGAGGGUCGAGUGGGCAGGUGUCCACCCUCCAUCACAAUCAGGGGCCAAUGGUGUCCGCGUCCGCAUGGAAGAUAUCGAUCCUGCAAACUCGAUUACUGGAGCGAACGUCGCUGUCGGUACAAGCUUUGCGAGUCGGAAGGCGAUCACGGGAAUGAGUGGGAUGGGGAGCAUGUGGUCGAAAUCCGUGUCGAUUGAGAUGGUAGUCAAGAAACUCAAUGCGGAGCUCUGUGCCUCCAAAGACGCUCUAGCAGAAAUCCAAGCAACGACAGAAUCCCUCGCUACGAUUCGUGCGUCCAUCGGUACCGGCUCGAAUGAUGCCGGACACGGCAGCGCCCCUUCCUCCGACGGUACGAAAUACGAAGAAGCAGUCGAGUCUUACUCUCAACCACACGCAACAGCAGAAGAGGCACAUAUAGACCAAGAAAGAGAACGAGAAGAAGCCCACGAACGCUCCGAACUCCUCGAGAAAGCCCUCCAACGCGCUACCGAAGACCUAGCCCUAACACACGCCCGUAUCCGCGACCUGGAGUCCACCCUCGAGCGCGAACGUCUCGCCCGCGAAUCCGCCGAAUCUAAAUUCCGCUCCCUCGUCUCCGAACUCGAAUCCCACAAGCUACGAGAAGAAGAAACGAAAGAAAAAGAGAGGGAGGAGGGGAGGAGGGUGAGCGGGUUGGAGAGUAAGGUUGAAGAGUUGGAGGUGUUAUUGAGGGAGAGUCGGGGGGAGACGAAGGAGUUUAAGAGAAGGCUGGAGGUUAGUGAGAGGGAGAAUGAAAGGUUGGGACCGAUGGUUAGUGAGUUACUGGCUAAGUUGAAGGAAGCGGAGGAUAAGCCUGUGAUGGCCACACCUGCUGCCACCUCAUCACCAUCUGGGACCAAGGAGCGGCUGGAUGCAGACUCAGUUGAACUCGAUGAACGGGACAACGGAAAGGAAGGGAAACUAAAGGCAGGCUAUGCACCAAGGUCGAACGCAGCAGGCCCAGGAGCAGGAACGAAAAUGACAGAACUGAGCGUGCCCUUUGGAAGUGCGAUCGGGGUUGUACUUGUUGGUGUCGGAUUGAUGUAUUGGUUGAAUGGGUGGAACCAGGGGAGGGUGCCCGUUGGUGAGACGUGAGGAUGCCAAUUGACGAGAGAUCAGGGAAUAUGUUGCUUUGGUUGCAGGUCGCGUGGGAUGGCCCGGACUGGUACCGUGAUUCCGGUAAUACGAGUACAGGCGGGAUUGGGUAGGCUAGGCAGGAUUAUGGCUCUGGGAAUUUGAGUAUGGCCUUUCGUGCAGCUGUACGCACUGAUAUAGAGUCCAAUUGCCUCCGACUUAUUCGAGCUCGGGCCAACGGAUCUGGCCAUAACUUCGUGCGAAUCAAAACUGGAGCAAACGAGAGAAGAGAUGCAUUGCGUUGGCUUCUAAUGCCUUUUGCAUUCAGGUGAAUGCCACCCCAAAUUAGUAUAUCAUAACAGCCUUCAAUUUCAACUCCAUAAAGAUAUUCCUACACAGCUCUC